AUGGCAGAGGGCAAGUCGGGCAGCAGCUGCAACAGCAGUCCUGGAAGUGCUGGGGUUUUCGCCAAACGGGUCCAGAGGACACUGAGCCGGGCCCAUGAGAAGGUCUUGCAGAAGCUGGGGAAGAAUGAGGAGACCAAAGAUGAACAGUUUGACCUGUGCGUCCAGAAUCUUACCAAACAGCAGAUUGAUGGGAGCAGAUUAUUCAAAGACCUGAAGGCGUACUACAAUUCUGUGAAAGUCAUGCGUGACACCUCCAAACGUCUGUCCCAGACUUUGCUGGAUAUCUACGAACCUGAUUGGGCAGGGGACGAGGACCUGCCUGCCAUUGUGGAGGGUGAAGACCUUCUAUGGAGCGACUUUGAAGAGAAGCUGGCGGACCAAACAGUACGCACCAUGGACACUUAUAUGAGCCAGUUUCCAGAUGUCAAGGAGCGUGUGGCCAAACGUGGUAGGAAGCUGGUGGACUAUGAUUCUUCCCGCCACCACCUCGAGGCAUUGCAGAACGCCAAAAAGAAAGACGAAGCCAAAAUAGCCAAGGCAGAGGAGGAAUUCCAAUACGCCCAGAGUGUGUUUGAGGAGAUCAACACAGAGCUGAGGCAGGACCUCCCUGUCCUCUACCAAAGUCGAAUUGGAUGCUAUGUGACAGUCUUUCAGAACCUCUCCAAUUUACGGGAUGUUUUCUACAAAGAAAUGAGCACGCUCAACAAUGAACUCUAUGGAAUGAUGAAGAAUUUAGAGACUCAGCACUCGGAGAAGGUGUUCAUUAUCAAAGGACUGCAGCGGUCUGGUUCUAAAAACUCUAAAAAGAAACGAUCCUUUAGGAUUUCAUCCCCAGUCCCACGCAACGCUGGCUUCCCUGGCUUUGAGCUGAGCAUCAGCCCUGGGCCCACUGAGAAAAGAAAGGGCCGUCAUGCCAGUGGUGACAUUGAAGACCAGGAUUUUCAGCCUUCCAUCAGUGACCACGCAGACGAGUCCAAGACACCGCCCACUGAUGAUGUGACCGCUGAGGCCAGAGCUUCAGAGGAGAACCUCAGUGCCACCGUUGACCCCGGUGCAGAGGGAAAACCUGCGGUUUGGAGCUCAAGUGAGAAGCUAGGGCAGGAGGAGAAACAGGAUGAUGAAGAAAUGGAGACAAAGGAGAAAGAGCAGGAACCUACUUCAGACCAAGCAGACCAGCACUCCACCCAGAACGGGUCCAGCGAUGUGCCCCCAUCCACAGAGAUUCCCACUUCUGAGCCCCACAACAUGCAACCAGCUCCAGAAGAUUCCCCGGCAUCCCCCGGGGACACUGAGCCAAGUGUAGUGGAGACAGGUGGGGCCUUCUAUGGCACAGAUGAAGCUCUUGACACCGAGGAUGAUGCCAACGGCCUCAAGGUGAAGUGA